UGGGCGGAACCUUUUGGGUGGGUAGGGCGCUAACGUGCAGUAUGGCGGACGAUGGGGACGGCAGGAGCGGAGUAGCUGACACAAGUGGCGGGCAGGGGACAACAACAGAGGAGUUGGAUCCAGGACCCGGUCUCGGCGGCAUGCUUCUCAACCUCGCCUUGUUAAUUUUGUUUCUGGCCGCUUGUUAUGGUGUUUACCGACGGUGGUUCAGGAGGUCAGGCGCCAACGCGGGCCGGGGAGAUGAGGCCUCGGCUUUGCCCAAGAUGGGCCGGCGGGACUUCACUCUGGAGCAGCUGCGGGAGUACGACGGCGUCCAGAACCCGCGCAUUCUCAUGGCCGUCAACAUGAAAGUCUUCGACGUGACGAGCGGCAGAAAGUUUUAUGGCCGCGAGGGGCCAUAUGGGAUCUUUGCGGGUCGGGAUGCCUCUCGUGGUUUGGCUACGUUUUGUCUGGAGAAAGAUGCACUACGGGACGAGUAUGAUGAUCUGUCAGAUCUCAAUGCUGUUCAGAUGGAGAGCGUCAGAGAAUGGGAGAUGCAGUUUAUGGAAAAAUACGACUACGUUGGUCGCCUGUUGAAGCCUGGUGACGAACCAUCGGAAUACACAGACGAGGAGGACAUAAAGGACCAUCUGAAACACGACUGAUGUGACCAAAGCCUGAGACUCAGACUGCUAGCGUCCAGCCAAUUUGCCCCUUGUAGCCCAAACAUCACUCUUUAGCCCAACAACUCUAAACUAUUGGACAGCUACUAGUCUGUUGGAGUAGAUUCCACAGAUUAUGCACCUCCUCUCCAAUAUUACAUCCCCAGGCAGGAGUGUCUGUACGCCGACAGCAGAAAGUGUUCAGCAACAACAGUGCUACAAAAUGGAUGGCUCAGAUAUAGGUCUGUUUGGCGACUUCCUGAUUGGAGCAUUAAAUCUAAACCAUACUUGCCUCAAGGUGUCCCUUUGUACCUGCUCCAUCCUCCUGUGGUUGUUCAUCCUUUCCUCCAUUCAUCUCAUGCUCUGUGUGCAUUUUUGUUUUUUCCCAGCUCCAGCACACCUGCUUCAACUCGUCAGCCAAAUAUUAAGCCCUUCUUGAGCUGAGUAAGGUGUGUUUAAGAAGGGAAAAUCAAAAACAUUUGAAUUUCCGAGGAUUAGGAUUGAGAACCACCACCUUUUUGCUCUUUACUUCUUUUCUAAAUGUCCCUGUCUGCCUCUGUGCGCCGUCACAGUCCACCCAAAUCUACUGUACUGGAAAAAGGUAUUAGUUACCCCUUCACUCCCCCCUGCCCCCACCCUUUUCCUGCUUCACUGCAGCCACGGGCCUUGGCUUGGUCUCCUGUUCACCUCUAUACACUUGCUCCAUAAGCUCUAAGCACGUAACCCUGUAUGUUUAAGCAGUCCUGGGUCUUUUAAAAAAAAUCCUGCACAUGUGUGCGUGUGUGUGUGUGUGUGUGUGUGUGUGUGUGUGUGUGUGCGCGCGUGUGUCUUGGUGAUGGACCGGAAAUGUGAAAGAAUGUUAAAAUGUAUGAAACAAUGAAAUCCCACAUUUUAAUUCAGUUCUGUUGAUGAGUAGCCUUACGCUAAUGGAACUGUCCGAGAGAGAGGGGGGUGAAAUGGCGCGAUCCAAAACUGGAUCACAGCUGCACUUUUUUUUUUCUUUUUCCUCUUAACUUCAUUUUAAAAUAAACUGCAAAUUGAGGCAUCAUCCAAUUCGAAGGUCACAUGUUAAUACCGUUAACCAAUCCGAAAGUUGUGGGUGUGUUCUUUUUCAGCAUUACAGAUUUCCCCCUUCCUUUUUUGGGUAUGGUAUGCACUUUUGGUGCCACGGCUUAAUCACAGUGUGAUUGUACGCAUUUGGUUCAGGUGGAUGAUGAGGGAAAUAUUGGGAGUAGAGGGCUCUUGCCAGAAUUAUUUUUUUAUAUAUAUAUAUAUAUAUAUAUAUAUAUAUAUAUAUAUAUAUAUUAGUUUUCAAUGCAAAGGGAAAAUCAGCUUUUGGUCACUUAAAAUCCUUCAAAUAUCAGUUUAGCAGUGAGUCCCUUUCAACUCCUUAACAGAAACAAUGUGAGUAGGAAUUGUGCCUUAUUUGUUUUUUUGUUGUUGUUUUUUUUCAUCAAAAACAAUUUGCGGCAAAAAGAAGUGGAAGGCGAGGAAAACAUGACUACAUAAAUAUCUCCCCUUUCUCACAUUGUUCUUUUGAUGGUGUUAAAAUACACUCUUACUAUGUGCCCUUUUUAACUAAAACAAUGAAAAGGCAUGCUUCAGGCUCAAGAUCUUUCCCCAUCUCAUUGCCACCUUGUACAUAGACCUUACGAAGUAUUCAGUGUUACUGCCAUGUUGCUGUAGUUAAUGGGGCUCUAUGUACUACUGUGUUGUAUUGGCCAUAAAUCUGUUCCAUCAUUCGCGCUCUCUUUAUUUUUUCUGCUGAUGUUCAUUUUAAGUGUGGAAGAAACAGUAUAAGAUCUUUUUUGGAGACUAGGCAUGGGUGCUAAGAAUUAAACACUUUUUUUUUAUUUGAUUUAUUUCUUUUGGGGGGGGAGGGGGGUAAGGGUGGGAGGUAAAAAGAAAACAAGUGGUGGAUUCUGUAAAUAUGUGUAUCAUUUUAUUGAAGCAUGUUUGGCAUAACUAUGAGCUAAUGCUGGUUUCUCCCCACGUCACGUAUUUAAUUGUUGGGACUCUGUGUGUGAGUGAGCGAGAGGAAGAGCUGUGUCGAUGCAUAAACAAAUAAACAGAUUUGGAUAAUAAAA